UCCCGUUUGGUGUUGGGUUGUCUCUGACAGCUCUAGAAGUUUACCGAGUGUUGUUUGUGCUUGGUCUAGUUUCACAUAGUUUACAAAGAUUUGGCUGUGGACUUCGUAUUUCCUUUUGGAGAUGGAUUAAGAGAGACGAUGGUGGUAAAUUCGGUGCACUGGUUUCGUAAAGGGUUGCGGCUGCACGAUAAUCCUGCGUUACAGGAGGCCCUGAAUGGAGCGGAUACAGUGCGCUGUGUUUAUAUCCUGGACCCGUGGUUUGCAGGCGCCGCUAAUGUUGGGAUUAACCGAUGGAGGUUCCUGCUAGAGGCUCUCGAGGACCUGGACAACAGUCUAAAGAAGCUCAACUCCAGGCUGUUUGUCAUCAGAGGCCAACCAACAGAUGUGUUCCCCAGACUCUUUAAGGAGUGGAAUGUGACAAGGCUAACCUUUGAGUAUGACCCAGAGCCUUAUGGGAAGGAGAGAGAUGGGGCCAUUAUCAAAAUGGCACAGGAGUUUGGUGUGGAGACCCUCGUCAGAAACUCCCACACACUGUACAACCUUGACAGGAUCAUUGAGAUGAACAACAACAAUCCUCCUUUGACCUUUAAGCGUUUUCAGACGAUUGUAAGCAGACUGGAGUUGCCCCGGAGACCGUUGCCACCCAUCACCCCACAGCAGAUGGACAAGUGUCACACGAAAAUCUCUGACAACCACGACCAGCUCUACAAUAUACCUUCUCUAGAAGAACUAGGUUUUCGAACAGAAGGGCUGCCUACAGCUGUGUGGAGAGGAGGGGAGUCUGAGGCGCUGGAAAGACUCAACAAACACCUGGACAAGAAGGUAUGGGUGGCCAGUAUUGAGCACCCUCGGGUGAGCACAUGUUCUCUGUAUGCCAGCCCCACUGGCCUCAGCCCCUACCUCCGCUUUGGCUGUCUGUCCUGUCGCGUCCUGUACUACAACUUAAGAGAGCUUUAUAUGAAGCUGCGGAAGCGCUGUAGUCCCCCUCUCUCCCUCUUCGGGCAGCUCUUAUGGAGAGAGUUCUUUUACACUGCUGCCACCAACAAUCCCAACUUUGACCGCAUGGAGGGGAACCCCAUCUGUGUUCAGAUUCCAUGGGACCAGAACCCAGAAGCUCUGGCUAAGUGGGCUGAGGGUCGCACUGGUUUCCCUUGGAUUGAUGCCAUUAUGACCCAGCUGAGACAGGAGGGGUGGAUUCAUCACCUGGCCCGUCACGCUGUGGCCUGCUUUCUGACCAGAGGAGACCUGUGGAUCAGCUGGGAAAGUGGCAUGAAGGUGUUUGAGGAGCUCCUGUUGGAUGCUGACUGGAGUGUCAACGCUGGCAGCUGGAUGUGGCUGUCCUGCAGUGCCUUCUUCCAACAGUUUUUCCACUGCUAUUGUCCAGUUGGUUUUGGGAGGAGAACCGACCCAACUGGAGACUAUAUCAGGCGGUACAUCCCAAUUUUGAAGGACUACCCAAAUCGCUACAUCUAUGAGCCAUGGAAUGCCCCAGAAUCGGUCCAGAAGGCGGCCAACUGUGUAGUGGGAGUGGACUAUCCCAAACCAAUGAUAAACCAUGCAGAGGGAAGUAGGCUCAACAUUGAACGAAUGAAGCAAGUUUAUCAGCAGCUGUCCCACUACAGAGGACUCAGCUUACUUGCAUCGGUGCCAACUAUCCAAGAAGAAGCAGAGCCACCAAUGACGGAUGAGUCUCAAACGAGCAGUGGCCCUGACUCUCCACCCAAGCUUUCUGACGUUGAGGCAGCAGGGUGCUCCACUGCUCCAGACUCAUCCACCAUGGACCCCUUCUCAUUCUCAGUCAGUGUCCCGUACACAGCUCUAGAUGAAACCACGUGCCCCAAGAACGAGCCCCCUACCGCCAUAUCCUCCACCUCCCCUGACCCAAUGACCGCACAGCCCAAACCCUCAUCUCCUGCCUCACCAAGUCCCAAUGUAGCCCCCAGCCCUGGUCGUUCUACCUCACUGGGCCCCAGAAGGAAAGGCAUGGCCCGUAAGACGCGACGUAGCCAGAGACAGAGGGUGCGACAAAACUGCGCUACAGCAACAAAAGAGGGGGACAGGAGGACAGACGACGAGUCCCGGGACAGUACAACGACAGAGGACAAGAUGGAGGAGGAAAUCGAGCAGGAUGAUGAAAAGAUGGAAGAGGAAAUGCUUGGAGGAGAGUCAACAGGACAUUUGCAGUAACAGGAAACUCCCAGAUGAAACUUGUCAUUCAGCUCCAAAAGGAAAACCAUGGUACCCAAGCCAUCCACCACAGAAGGCAGUAAAAACAGGAACAAGUACCAGGAAAACUCUUUAUGUUGCAGCUGAAUGAGGAGUCCCAAUGAAAUGCACUACGGCCCUUGUGGACUGAUGUGGACAGCAGCGGUUUCUGAACUUGCCCCUUUGUCUCAUUGAAUGUAUUGUUCAUAGAAUCUGUGAUGCACCACAGAAAUUAUUAUUUGUUUAUUUCAAACAGUGAUUAACACAAUCUCCUAUUUAUAUAUUUUUUUAGUUCACUGGUAUCCCACAUUUUUGAUCUCCACCUCCAUAAUAUUUCCUGAUUUGUGCAUCAGACUUCUAUGAAAUUGUAGCAGGAAUCUAUGUACAGUCGUGGUCAAAAGUUUACAUACAGUACACGUUCAGAAACUAAAUCCCCUACUAACUUCACGUUACACGCUUCAUCCUUGAAUAAGCGGCCAUUUUGGAAUGCAUAGGGUAAUCGCAUUUUGGAAAUAAAAAGAAAAGGAAAAAUUUCCUGUUAAUCAUUUAUUUAUUUAAUAGUUCUUUUAACAGCACAACUUUUUAAGUGGUUCAUAAGUUUACAUACACCUACUCGUUCAGGGCUUAGUACUUCGUUGCAUUUCCAUUGACCUUGAUAACUUCAGCAAGUCACUUUGGAUAUCCUUCAAUCAGCUUCUCACAGUAAUCCCUGGAGAUCUUGGGCCAUUCCUACUGGCAGAUUUCAUACAGUUGUGCUACGUUUGUUGGUCUCCUCUUACGGAUCUGUUUCUUCAGUUCACUCCACACAUUCUCAAUGGGAUUGAGGUCCGGACUCUGUGAAGGCCACUCCAACAUGUUCACCUUGUUUGUCUGGAACCAUUUUGAUACUAUUUUGGCUGUGUGUUUCGGGUCGUUGUCCUGUUGAAACAUCCAAUUUCGACCAAGCUUCAGACAUUUGACAGACUUUUUGAGGUUUCUUUGCAAUAUUUCUAUGUAAUCCUCUUUCCUCAUGAUUCCAUUGAUCUUCUGGAGUUCUCCAGUUCCCGACGCUGCAAAGCAACCCCACAACAUGAGACUUCCUCCACCAUGCUUCACAGUUGGAACUGUAUUGUUGGGGUGGAAGGCUUCACCCUUUCGCCGGAAAACGUACUGUUGGUCAUUAUGACCAAACAGUUCAAUUUUCGUCUCGUCUGACCACAGCACAUUCUUCCAGAAGGCCUUAUCCUUGUUCAGGUGCUGUUUGGCAAACUUCAGUCGUGCUUUUCUGUGCCUAGUAAUGGCUUCCUUCUGCCCCGACACCCUCUCAGCCCAUGUCGAUGGAGAACUCUCUUGACCGUGGAUACUGAUACAUCUGUUCCAGAGGCAGCCAAUUCAUUGCAGAUGGCUUUCUUGGUUGUCUUUGGGUUCAUUUUCACUUUUCUGACCAAAAGCAUUUCAUCUCUGGGUGUUAGUUUCCGCUUCCUUCCAGACCGUGGCAUUACAGCUGUACUUCCACGGUGCUUAAAUGUUUGGACAAUUGUCUGAACAGAUACUCUAGGGACAUCAAGCCGCCUGGAGAUGGUUCCUAGGGACGAGCCUGCCCUGUGCAAGGCAACUAUUCGGUCCUUAAUGUCCUGAGUGUGUUGUUUUGACUUCCCCAUAUCAAGUCAAUGCAGAGUGUGUGAAUUUAAGCUGUUUAUAUACCCCUCAAAUAUAUAAAACCUGUUAAUUAUGCAGUAUGACUGAACACUGGACUAAAUGGGACCAUUGCAUGGUUGAUAGCACAAGCUGCCUUCAACCAAUGUAUUGUUUAUUGGGCAAGGCAUGUGGGUGUAUGUAAAUUUAUGAACCACUAAGAAGUUGUGUUGUUAAAAGAACUAUUAAAUAAAUAAAUGAUUAACAGGAAGUUAUGCCUUUUCUUUUUAUUUCCAAAAUGCGAUUACCCUAUGCAUUCCAGAAUGGCCGUUUAUUCAAGGAUGAAGCGUGUAACUUGAAGUUAGUAGGGGAUUUAGGUUCUGAACGUGUACUGUAUAUAAACUUUUGACCACGACUGUAAAUACUGGGCAGAGGCGAGAGCUUUUGUUUAAUUAAAUAUACAUGAUAUAAAUUUAUUAUAUAAGUAAUUUGCAUACUAUAGAUGAAAUGUUGAAGGAUUCUGGAAGUUGCCAUAUUUUUCUCUGGCAAGAAAAUGCUGCUUUUUUGGAAUGAUGUCAAAGAAUGGAUAUUGUUGUGUACUAUAUUUUGCUGAGUAGAUAUGUAAAAAUCUGUAUAAUAAGAGAAAAGAGUGGUUGGUAGUGCGGUUUCACAAAAGCUCACCCCUGAAUCUCUUUGUGGCCAAAAUGUUCACUAAUGGGCAAUAGAUUUUUCCAUGUAUUGUGUUCAUUAUCCAGUGCUAAAUUUUACUGUAAAAAUCUCUUGCCAACAGUCAGUCUAUUUCAGGUGCUGCAAAAUCAACUCAAUUUUUGCUCACCCCCAAAUAACCGUGUACUUUCUUGGCAACUCCAGAAUGAUCUUCAUAAAGUAUUGGAUGUGUUUUAUGGAUCCCAGGCAAAAAAUAUACCUCUAUGAAAAUGAUAGUUAUUUUGUGUAAGUUACAUGUUGAGAUAAAAUAAACUGAGUGGGCUCUAACAAACAGCUUACUGGAAUGGAAAAUUCAAAAUGUAAAACUUUUGUGCGUUUUACAUUCAUGUAGAGCUGUGACAAUCAGUGCUUUUUAUUGCAUUUUCAGGAAGGUAAUUUUUUUUUUAAUGUUUUAAUGUUUAGUGUGCAAUCUCUUGCAGGCUGACUUUGUGAAACCUCUGCUUGACUGCCUGGUUGAUUAUACUUUAUCGUACAAUGGUCUUGGCAAGAACUCAUGGAACUUCAUCUGCUCUAAUGACCUUGAUUCGUAGACUAACCAAUUACUUUUUUUCAAGAAAAAGUAAUUCCAUGUAAACUUUAAUUUAGACUUUUGCAACAUUUAAAGACUCUCAUGCUCUGUUUGCUUCUCCCGGACAUACAUUUAAAAACAUUCACUGUUAUUGACUCAAAUUUCUUUAAGUAAUUUGGCUUGGACAGUCUCAAAACAAUGAUAAAAUCCUUGGUGUUAAAAACAGUUUGCUUAUAAAUGUAAGAAAAAAAAGAAAAAAGGUAAUAGAUUUAAGAAGUUAAUGGAAUAAUUUUCUGGGACUUUAAUAUCUCUAAACGCAUGCUACAUCCUCCCCCUACACAGUAACAGUUGACGUACAUUCCAGGUGAUGGCAGUAUGAAGUUAUGACGCUAAAAUGGAUAUGUGGCUAUUUAUUUGUUUUGUAUUGUACAAAGAGUUUAUUUUAAAUAAAAUGCCUAAAGGACUUUUGAGAACA